CACUCCCGCCGCGGUCGCAUGAAAGGUCAGUUGGGAUUUGUGUUGAGUGUUUGUUUAUUUGUACAAAAAGCGUGGUUUGUGCCCUCAAGAAUACAAAUUUGAAAAUAUGACGUGUGAAAUUACAAGCAUUGACUGCAUAGAGGAUUCUGAUGUAAAACCCGUUAUAGUGAACUUUGAAAAUGGAGCACUUAAUCCAGGUCAAGAAGAUAAUUUACUGUGCAGAUACUAUAAAACCAAAGAGAAUCAAUUAAAAAUAGGUGCAGCAACUAGCAAUAUGUUGUACAGCGGCAAUGUGGAAUCCAACCACUUGUAUAACACAUUUAUUGGUAUAUGCAAUAAGAAGAAGACUAAGAUACGUUUAAUUGCCGCCGAUUUUGCCACAUUAUCACCAAGGUUCGAUGAAAGUCGUGAAUUGAACAAAUCGAUUGAGAGAUUGCAGAGUACUCAUUCACAAAUAAACAAAAGUUUUGGAUCGAAGCGUGCAAAAAAAAAGACUGAACAACAAGAACGAAUGAAAGUAGAUAUUGAAGCGAUAAAGGACCAGUUAGAAAAGACAGUUGCAGGUAUUUUGUGGUACCAUUCGGUAAAUUCAGCUUCAUUACUAACAGUUCUCAAUCAUAAAGAUUCGUAACACAAUAAUCACGUAUUAG